AUGUCUUUGGAAAACCCAAUCGUCUGUGUACUCGGGUGUGGGAACAUGGGAAUAGCCAUAAUCUCUGAAGAAUCAGCCAAGAAAGUAAAAAACGUGUUUGGCGAUAAAGUGACGGUACUUUGUGGCAACAAUCUUGCUGCCGUUCGUCAAGCAAACGUUGUUUUAUUAUGCACAAAGCCGCAAGUGGCAAAACACGUAUUGACCGAAGAUGGUAUCUACGAGGCGUUGCAGGAUAAACUACUGAUCAGCAUCUUGGCUGGUCUUCCGAUAGAUCAGAUCAAGGCGUGGGUCCCCCCAUCGACAAAGAUCAUUCGUGCUAUGCCAAAUACUCCGUGCAUGAUACGUCAGGGUAUGACCGUUUUGAGUUGUCCAUCAAACGUCGACGAGGAUGAGAAGGCGUUUGCGUAUUGGGUGUUUACAACGUUGGGAAGAGCAAAAUUCUUGGAUGAGAAGCAUCUCGAUACAGUUACAGGAUUAUCGGGUAGUGGUCCGGCGUUUGCGUGUGUUGUCUUGGAAGCUUUGGUAGAUGGUGGGGUGAUGAUGGGACUUCCGAGACAAGCUGCCCUAGAGUUGGCCGCUCAAACGCUUAAAGGUACGGCUGAGAUGGUAUUGACGACAGGGAAGCAUCCAGCAGCUAUAAAAGAUGGUGUUACUACACCAGCUGGCUGUACUAUAGCUGGUUUAUUAACUAUGGAAGAUGGUAAAAUUCGAUCAACUUUGGCGCGUGCCGUUGAGGAAGCAGCCAGAGUAGCUUCGACGUUGGGUAAAUCACAAAAAGAAAAAUGA